GAAUUCUUCUAAUUCUAAUUCUGGCAGAGUGCAUUGUGAGCCAAAUAUUUAAGGUGGCUGCUUCUUCUGCGCCUGCCCUUCUUUCCCUUCCUCAUGUGAGCAGAGGCAACGAUUAAAACAAGGAUGGCAACAGACGCCCCGCAAAGAUGUCUGUACGAAAUCCUGGGAAUAGAGCGCAGCUGUUCUUCGGAGGAAAUUCGGGCGGCAUACAAGAAACUGGCGCUAAAACUCCACCCGGACAAGCACAAGGGAGAUGAAGCUGCGACGGCAAGGUUUCAGGAGCUGCAGCGCGCUUACGAAGUGCUGUCUGAUCCGCGAGAGCGAUCCUGGUACGAUAACCAUCGAUCUCAAAUCCUUUUCUCUUCCUCCUCGCACUCCUCCACCAAUACAAACUUCUCCGAUUUCGAUAUCAAUCUCUGGCCCUAUUUCAGUACUUGUGCUUAUUCGGGAUAUGGGGAUAGCGGCAAGGGUUUCUUUAGGGUGUAUGGCCAACUGUUUGAGAAAUUGUUCCAGCAAGAGAUUGCGUUUGCCCAUGCAAUGGAGGCGCCUGCGGUAGCCGACGCUCCACUCAUGGGAAAUCUUGACAGCCCUUAUGCACAGGUAUCCGCUUUUUAUAAUUAUUGGCUGGGGUUUUGCACUGUCAAGGACUUCUCUUGGGUUGAUGAGUACAGGGCUUCUGCAGGCCCAAACCGCAAGGUCAGAAGGCUAAUGGAAGAAGAAAACAAGAAACUUAGGAAGAAGGCCAAGAGGGAGUAUAAUGAAACCGUGCGCGAGCUUGCCGAGUUUGUGAAGAAGAGGGACAAGAGGGUUCUUGAUAGGCAAGUUCAGAGGAAGAAAGAGCAGGAUGAGAAGCGUGCGCUGGCCAACCUUCGGCGGAAGCAGUUGGAGAAGGAGAGGUUGGAUAAGGCUGCCAGGUAUCAAGAGCAGGAGUGGACUACCAUAGUUGAGAGUGACAAUGACGCUGAUCAAGAGGAUUGGGGUGAUGAUAAGAAGGCUUCUGGCAAUCAGGAAUUAUAUUGCAUUGUGUGCAGUAAGAGAUUUAAGUCUGACAAGCAGUGGAAGAAUCACGAGCAGUCAAAAAAGCACAAGGAUAGGCUUGUGGAAUUGAGGGAUUCUUUUGUGCAGGAAGAUAAUUUGAUCGAUGAAAUUGGGAUUAGCGCGGAAGACGAUGCCUUUGGACUGGACAUUAACUCUGACGGUCUAGCUGAGAAAGAAUUUAGUGACACGGCACAAGUAGAUGACCUUCGAAUCAGAAUGGAUAAGUUAGAGGUGGACAGACAUGAUUCAGGGGAUUCUGAAGAAGAUGACCAAAUUAGCAUAGGGGAGCGCCAGCCCUCUUUUGGCAGUGAACAUAAUGCUGAUUUACGUGAUGCCAGUGAUAAGUCAAGCUACCAUAGCUUUAUCGAGGACGAAAAUACAAAUGCUGGUGACGUAGAGCAUGAAAUGGAUAACAACCAAAUGGAUGAUGAAGAUAGUGUUCUAGCAGCAAUGCUAAAAACCCAUAGGAACAAACAGAAAUCCAAUAAGGUGCAUUUGAGUCCCGUACAGAUAGAAAAACAUGACAGCAAUUCCAAUUACAAUGCAAAUGCUGAAGAAACUGAGGUCAGAAAACCUGCUGGAUUUGAACCAAGCAGUUCAAAUUUUGCUCAAAGAGACGCAGAUGAUGGAAUUGAAAAUGAUGUGGGAGGUUCUCCAAUGCCUGCUCAGCAACAAGGAUCAAAAAAGACUGCAAAACGAAAGAAAAAACAGGCUGCAUCUAGCACAAAGCAUUAUACAACAGGUAUUGCAGACGGUGUAGAGUCAAGGUCAGAGGAUAAGGAGGCUUCUCAACAACAGAAAGUGGAAAUGGUAUCUAAUUUCAGUGGAGAUAGGCAGGCAGAUACGCUUGAAGGGGAUAAGAGGGAUCCUAAAAGUUCUGCAAAGCAGUCUGCUGAACAUAAAUCGGCAAAAGCAAGUUCAAAGGGCAAGAAAGGAAAGGCUGUGGCAAAAUUUAGUGGACACAAAUGUGAAACAUGUGGAGAGGAAUUUGAUUCAAGGAAUCAAGUAUUUGCUCAUCUGAGUGAAACUGGUCAUUCUAGGUUGAAAAGUAGAUAGAGUUGGAGAUAUUGUUUAACUACGUAUGCCAAUGGCUAUGACCUAUUUCUUGUUAUGAUUUUUCUUGCCACACUAGAAUACCAGAGGAAGACAAAGAAAGUAUGGAGUGCAUUUUAUCAUCUAUGUUAUCACUUGUGCCUAAGCAAAGCUGUAUUUUUUGGAAAUACAUUGGUUCUUGCCUCUGCUGGAACCCCUUUCAGUGCUGUUAUAAUUGUUAAAUAUAUUUAUGAUUCCAUUCCCAAUAUCAUAAAGAUAGCGACCCAAGUUUUGAUCUGUGUUCUUUCCCAGUAAAAACACGAAACUGUGUUUACUUUAGCUGGGUUAAUAUAUAGAGCAGCUAGUCUGUCAAAGAUUGGCUGUGAUUUUUUUUGUAUGUAUCCAUGCAGCUUUGAGACCAAUGUAAUAAACAUCAAUUGGAAGCAAGCACAUACACAAGGACUUUUCAUA